AUGCAACUACGUUCACUUAUCGUUUCAUCUGCCUUCCUAGUGACAUCAGCUCUAGGUGCUACCUCGUCCUCUUCUAGUAUACCCUCUUCCUGUACCAUAAGCUCACAUGCCACAGCUACGGCACAGAGCGACUUGGAUAAAUAUAGCCGCUGCGAGACGUUAGUGGGGAACCUAACUGUUGGUGGUGGUUUGAAGACUGGUGCUUUGGCUAACGUUAAAGAAAUUAAGGGAUCUUUAACCGUAUUCAAUGCUACAAACUUAACUUCUUUCGCUGCUGAUUCCCUUGAAUCUAUCACAGAUUCUUUGAAUUUACAGAGUUUAACCAUUUUGACAUCCGCUUCAUUCGGAUCUUUACAAAGUGUUGAUAGUAUAAAUCUAAUCACUUUACCCGCAAUCUCUACUUUCACAUCUAACAUAAAAUCUGCUAAUAACAUUUAUAUUUCUGACACUUCGCUACAGUCCGUGGAUGGUUUUUCUGUUUUGAAGAAAGUAAACGUUUUCAACGUCAAUAAUAAUAAACGAUUAACAUCGAUCAAGUCCCCCGUUGAGACGGUCACCGACUCUUUACAGUUCUCAUUCAAUGGUAAUCAGACCAAAAUCACCUUUGAUGACUUGAUUUGGGCAAACAAUAUUAGUUUAACGGACGUUCAUUCUGUAUCCUUUGCUAGCUUGCGAAAGAUCAACUCCUCACUGGGUUUCAUCAACAACUCCAUCUCUAGUUUGAACUUUACUAAGCUAAACUCAAUCGGCCAGACCUUUAGUAUUGUUUCCAAUGAUUAUUUGAAAAACUUGUCCUUCUCCAACUUGUCAACCAUAGGAGGUGCUCUUGUCAUCGCUAAUAAUACUGGUUUACAAAAAAUUGGUGGCCUCGACAACCUAACAACCAUUGGCGGUACUUUAGAAGUGGUUGGCAAUUUUACGGCCUUGAAUCUAGACUCCUUGAAGUCUGUUAAGGGAGGUGCUGAUGUCGAAUCAAAGUCAAAUAACUUUUCCUGUAACGCUUUGAAAGCCUUACAAAAGAAGGGCGGUAUUAAAGGCGAAUCUUUUGUUUGCAAGAACGGUGCAUCAUCCACAUCCGUUAAACUGUCAUCAACCUCCAAACCACAAUCAAGCCAAAGUACUUCUAAGCCUUCCAAGUCAUCUACUAAGAUUGAGGGGAAAAAAUUCACUUCUGGUGAGAUCAAGGCUGCUGCGUCUGUGUCCAGUUCCUCAAGUUCUAGCGCAUCCAGUUCCAGCUCCAAGAGUUCAAAAGGCGAUGCCGCUAUUAUGGUCCCUAUUGGUCAAGCCACUCCUUUGUUUGGCAUUUUGACGGCAAUCAUCAUGUCCCUAAUAUAA